AUGUGUAGCAUCGAGAGCGGACGAACCGUUAUAGUGCCUCAUAUCCCACGAUCACUCGCACGCGAUCACUCCGCGACUGACAGCCAAUAUCACCAAUACUCUGUCACCAGUUUCAAACCUUCCAAGACGCCAUUGUAGAAACCUGUGUCUUGGCAAUGUUUAUUAACCUUUAAAAGAUGUAACUGGUGCAUCAUGGCUAUGGCUCCUAAGAAGAAGAUUGACUUUUUCAACGGUGGUCGGGGAGUUGACCGGAACGAGCCCUUCUGUGAGCAGGAUCCUCGCCGCCAGCUGGCAAGACCCGAGGUAGUGCCUGAAUCUUAUGGCUACGGCGGGGACUGUGGCCGCUACCCCCCCAGCUCUCCAGGGGGUUACAUGCCCCCCAACAGCCCCAGUGUACACCAGUACCACAGCGACUACCCCCACCCCAGCAGCCCCACUGGACAGCAGUACCACAGCGACUUCCACCACCCCACCACCUCUCGUAGUCAGAGCCCCACGGCAUACGACAUCGGGCAAGAGGGGUACACCUCCUCCGGCGGCUACCCCCCCAAUAGCCCGUCAGACUUCGGAGGGUCGAGCGGAGUCGAUGGUACAGCUGGACCCUCUUCUCCCGCCGAUAAUGAUUCCAGGAAGAAAAAGCGAAAACAACAGUGUCGUCUGUGUGCUAACCACGGCGCUUAUGUGCAGGUGAAGGGCCACAAGUGGUACUGCCCGUACCGCGAAAACCACACCUGUGAAAAAUGCACAAUUACUAAGAAGCGCCAAUUCUACAUGGCGGAACAGCAGAAAUUAACGCGAGAACAGCAACAGACGGCCCAGCGAGGCGGCACCCUUGGAGGCUGCGGCAUCGUUGGUGGUAGUGGUGGUGGUAGUGGUGGUGGUGUUGUUGGUGGAGGAGCGAGCGAGGCACCCUGCAACAUACCCAGCGGAGUUCCCAUGGAGACGACACAAGCGCCGAGACAGACAGGUGCGCCCACCGACUUCCCCCGCCUAGCAGAGCUGGUGAGAGAGACCUCCAACAUCAUCAACGAGGACUUUUUUGCGAUGAUCGACAAGGUGGUGCGGCCCAAAGCUCAACACUGACACCUUCCCCACCUAGUGGCCGACCUGUGAACUGAGGUGGAGUGUGUAACAUGCAAGUGAUCGUCAUUUUGUGUCAAAAGACUUAAAGCCAGUUAGAAAUACGUGAACUAUUUAUUUUUACUUGGAGAAUAAGUGAACCGAAUUAUAUUUAAGUGUAAAAAUAAGCGAACCGAAUUAUUUACAAGUGUAGAAUACAGAAAUUGACUCGUUUUUACUUGGAAGAAAUGCACCGAAGCGAAUUGUUUUCAAGUGUAAAACGCCCACAAACCAGCCAUUUCUAAUACCCAAUCGGCUUGAGAUGAUCAAGUUAUUCCAAGAAUCAAGUGUGUGAGCUCCAAGGGGGAGUGUGUGAUAGUGAUGAAGUAAUCAGUACCUGCUGGAGACUGUGAUGAAGCCUCGUGAUACGUUACCAUAAGUCGCUCCCUGACCACAGCGCCUCGGUCACCAAUCAACUCUUCUAUUAUUUUCAACACUAAAUUUUAACCCUUAAUAAGCUAGUACAUUCUGGAUCUUUAUUCGCAGCUUCUGAGUUGUCUAUUUAUUUAGCAUAUUGUGAUCAUUUUUAUUUUGAUAUUGUCUUGUGUAGUAAAGUAGAGCUUUCCUAUUGUUCA